GUCAAUAUAAAAGUUACACCGAUCUGGCCACCGAGCCACCACACAUGUAGCCCUGUCCCUCGUGUGUGCAGGAAAAAAAGAAGAUGGAGCUUCAGAUGCGCAGCCACACGGCAUACCGCCCCCCCCCCCGCGAAGGAAAAAACGAGCACACUGUGUCUGUUCGGGCCCAUUUCCAUGCACUGCACUGUAGCUCGUCUCACCCAUCCGCCCUCUGUCGGCACCGAGUGACUCUGAUCGCGUGGAGGCCAUCAGAGGCAAGCGAUGGCGCCCGGAGGCGAACGGACACGAGCCACAUUGCUACAACGAGUGGAAGGAAUGCACCGAUCAUCAAGAUGUGAUGUAAGGGAGCGUGACAGGGACCCACCUGCCUGAGCUCCUCUCGCGUCGGUGUUAAUCGGACGGACACCGACAGACAGAUGGACAAGACACACACGACACAAAAGUCAGCAGCCACGGCAGCUUGACAGAUACGUGUGUGCGCGUGAGUGUGUAGAGACCCCUCCCUCCCUCACUCACUCACUCACUCGUCACACACCACAUCGCUCCCCACAACAACAGCCGCCGUUCGCUCUUGGUGUCACGUAUGGCUCACGCUCUCCCUCUGGUCGGCUGCAGGGCUGUGGGCUGCCAUGAAGCUGGGCAGAGGAAGCUGCACAGUCACACGUCAACACCAGAGCAGAACGAUAGAAGAGGCCGGUGUCGGACAGCACAAGACACCCGGCAGUCAGACAAUCGCAAGGCAGAAAAAUCGCUGCCGCGCUCCAUUGAAAGCCAUCCAGCCAUCCGUCCGUCCGUCAGGUGUCAUCUCUCAGCCUAGUGUACACUACACGACCAAACAAUCCGAUCCACUCACUGCGUAUGUAUCGAGCCAAGGCCAGGCAGAGAGGCAUUGCAUUCAGGAAGGAAGACAGGCAGAGAGAGAGAGGGAGAGAGAGAGAGCGAAUAAAAGCACCACCGGUCGGUCGGAUGACACAUGGACACACACCCAGGCAGGUUGUAUGUAAGUCUGCACGUAGAGGCACUGGACGUACUGCAGGCAGUGAUAUAAAGGAAGGCAGCCACGAUGCAAUCAGUGAAUGCACGCAUCCCUCCCUCCCUCCCUCCCUCCCUCGAGACACCCGAUCAUGCGACGGGUCGCCCAUACAAGCGGAGACGCGACACACCCUGCAGGCACAUCACAAGAACACAUUGGAUCUCUUUGUUGAUGUGUUGCUCCCUCCCUCCCUGCCUCCCUGGCUCCCUGGCUCCCUGGCUGGCUCACCCCGUCAGGGUAGAUGGUCAGCCGCACGUGCGUGACCUCACCACACUCCUCCAACACCUGCACCAAGCAUGCCAAAACACACACAGAUGUACCACAUCACUGCCUGUCGCUGGCCAGGCCACCAUCCCGCCUCAGUCAGUCAGUCAGUCCUCACCGCGUCAGUGGAGCUGCUGGACGAUGCCGCCUCCGCGCUGGCCGCCCCUCCGUCCUUGAGCGCCAGGUAGCGACGCUCGUGUGCACGCAGCUUCGUGCGAGGCAGCUGAUGGAUGGAGGCGAUGGAUGCACACAAACAAACAGACGCGGACGCAUCGCAUCGCAUCGCAUGACAGACAGACACAUUGACAAUGUGGCUGCACUGCACAACACCGUCGUGUGUGGUGUGGGCUUACGAGAGUCUUCCACUGAAUGGAUCGGGUGUUCCUCUCAAACAACCUGAAGAAGGAGAGGGAGGGGAGAGAGGGGAGAGGGGAGAGAAAAGCGUGAACGUCACGUAUAUGUGUGUGUGUGUGUGUGUGUGUAUGUGUGUGGAUACUCACUCUUUCUGGUUGAGGACGUCCCUGUCCAGCAGGUCGGGGCGGUCGCAACCCUGCACACAACCAGCGAGUGACAGGACAACCACACAGAUGCCUCGCCAUUGGUAUGACAUGACGCGGUGUGCCGGCAGCGUCAGUCAGUCACCUCGAUGAGUGCCGACUCGGGGAAGUUGCCCUUGAAGUGAUUCGUGUCGAUCUCAAUCAACUCGAUGCACCCUGACACACACACAUGCACACACACAUGGAGCAGGUGGCGUCGCGCAGGUAGGUACCAAACCCCACUCCUCCUUCCUCCAUGUGCGCAUUCCAAUCCUCACCUCUGUGUGCGAGCUUGAAGAUGGCCCAGUCGUUGCCCACCAAGUUGGAGAUCGUCCCGUCAGGACCCACCGUCAGAAUCGGACUUCUAAACUUCUUCCUGAACCACACAACACGACCAUGCAUCGCACCCCUAUCCCUCCCUCCCUACCCCCCCGUGUGUGUGUGUGUGUCUGUGUGAGUCCUCCCUCCCUCUCACCUCGCCGUUUCCCACCCGUUGCCCAUGUUUGGCGCACGGUUGGGCAGCAGGCAGUUCUUGGGGACGCCGUAGUGCUGGUCGCUCCAGCACAGCGCCACCCCGCCGUUGAUGCUGCUGACCAGGUCGACCAGGUCGGGCCGCACCCCAGCACCGGACUCCUGCGCCUCUCUGGCCGACCGCCUCGUCACGAUGCCCGACUGCAGCUUCUCGUACAUGUCCAGGAUGUCACGCUUGACCUCACCGUACACACGCAGCCGCGCGAUGCCGCCGUCAGGGUACAUGUUGACCUUCAGGUGGGUCGCCACCGGCGGCUGCUGCUGGUGGGUGCUGUCGAGGGGCACCUCGAAGUAGUUGUGUCGCGUGUCGGGGUAGCCGGGGCCCAGGGGGUCCAUGUGGAUGAGGGUGUCGCGCUCGGUGAGCUGUGAGAUGAGGUCGGUGACGUCCUGGAUGACCUGCUCCUCCGCCCUGGUGCCCAUGGUGCCCGUGUGGCGAGUGGGGUUGGACGUCAGGGCCUUGAUGCGCUUCUCGAGGUCGGGGCAGUUGAUGGCCUCGACGCCCACCUGGGGGGCGUUGUUGCCGGUGAAAUAGCACGUGUCGAUGUCCAUGCCGCGGACCACACCGGGCAGACCUGACAUACAGAAACAUGGCAGGGAAGAAAGAUGCGAUGUGAUGUCCUCCCUCUGCAUCACAUCCUCCCUCUGUGUGCGGUGUGUGUGGUGUGGUGUGGUGAUUACCGAGUUGUAUGAUGGCGAAGUCGUGUCCGGGUGUGCGUCGCCUGCGCGACUCCCAGCCGUCCAUCCACUUGCCGAACUCGGUGAACUCGCCCUCGCGCCACUCCGGUGCAUCCUCCUUGAGCAGGUUGUCAGCUGCACACACACACACACACACACGCACUCACAAUGCGUCGAUGGAUGCACCCACCACAUACCGCAUGUGUCCCGGUGCUACCCCCUCCCACAGCCCCCGCCCUCACCCGCAGCGAACCACUCAUCGGUGGCAAAGAGUACCUUGCCGCCCACAGUGCACGAGGACAGCUCCGUCAGCGACAGAAAUGCAGGCUCCGUGCCGUCGCGCACUGGCGUGGCGCGGGAACGCUGCGCCCCCCCAAACGGCAUUGGGAAUAUGUGACUCAACAGGCCACCUCGACUGCCCGAUCUGUCCUUGAUUGGCGAGGAGGUGAGGACGUUCUUCACAGCAUCCACAGUGUCGGUGACGAGGCGGCUGACCGAUAGACCCGAUGCGGGGAAGCGAGAUGCGCCUGAAGGGGAGGUCUUCUGCUUCUUGCUGAGGGGAGGGUCGUCCUCCUGCUCGUUGGCAGCCACCUCGUCGCCUUCGUUGGCUGCCUCGAGGGUCAGAUCUUUGGCGCUUCGCUUCGCAGGAGGUUUCUGGUUCUUGACGUCCUCGAGAUCUUCUCCCGCCGUCGCGGACAGGUGGCGAGCGGCCUGAGUCUGAGGAUCUGCAGCCUCUGCUGACAUCGAGGACGAUAGAUGCAGGCGAGAAACACACCAGAGCUGUUUUGUUGCCUGAACUCCGUG